CUGAAUCUCCAUUUCACGCUCAUUUCUGUUUUAUUAUCACUCGCAUAAUAAACUCAUCAACUCCUUCCGUUCCAUUGUUGCGCUUCUCAUUACUACAUAGAGAGCAUUGCAUUAAAGACCAUCAUCCACUUCGUGCUCUUUGAAGUCGAAAAUGGCACCAAGAAACAAUCGUGGAAAGGCCAAAGGAGAGAAGAAGAAGAAGGAAGAGAAGCUUCUUCCGGUUGUCAUGGAUAUCACGGUGAACCUCCCCGAUGAAACUCAUGUUAUUCUCAAGGGGAUAUCAACGGACAGAAUAAUAGAUAUUCGUCGGCUUUUAUCGGUGAAUACAGAGACUUGUUAUAUCACCAAUUUUUCCCUAUCACAUGAGGUGAGAGGGCCACGACUACUAAAGGAGACGGUGGACGUGUUCGCACUGAAGCCAUGCGUCCUCACUUUGGUGGAAGAGGAUUACGACGAAGAUGGAGCGGUUGCCCACGUCAGACGGCUGCUGGACAUCGUGGCCUGCACCACGAACUUCGGUCCGUCGGCGGCGAAGAAUGGAAACUCUCACGCGCCGCCGGCUGAGGUGGUUGACGGAGACUGCGAGAUCAACCAGUCGUGCCCCAGGCUUGGGAGCUUCUACGAGUUCUUCUCUCUUUCACAUCUCACUCCCCCUCUCCAAUAUAUCAAGCACGCUGUGAAACGACAAGUUCAGGAAAUACCAGAGGCGGAUCAUCUCUUCUCCCUUGAUGUGAAGCUAUGUAAUGGGAAAGUUGUGCACGUUGAAGUUUGCAGAAAGGGAUUUUACAGUGUUGGGAAGCAGCGGAUUUUAAGUCAUAACCUUGUUGAUUUGUUAAGACGGCUUAGUAGAGCUUUUGAUACUGCUUAUGAUGAUCUCUUGAAGGCAUUCUCAGAACGUAACAAGUUUGGGAAUCUACCUUAUGGCUUCAGAGCCAACACAUGGCUUGUUCCUCCUGUUGUGGCACAAUCGCCUUCAGUUUUCCCUCCUCUUCCCGUGGAGGAUGAAAAUUGGGGUGGAAAUGGUGGUGGUCUAGGGAGAGACAGAAAGUUUGACUUGAUUCCUUGGGCCAAUGAGUUUUCAUUUAUUGCAUCUAUGCCUUGCAAGACAGCAGAAGAAAGGCAAGUUCGUGAUAGGAAAGCAUUCCUUCUCCACUCCCUAUUUGUUGAUGUUGCCAUUUUCAGAGCCAUUAGGGCUGUUAAACAUGUAAUGGGAGAGCCCGUUUUAAGAUGCUCAACUGCAGAAAAUGAUACUUUAUACACUGAAAGAGUAAGUGACUUGAGUAUCAGAGUCUCGAAAGAUGCUUCUGUUGCCAGCUCUAAGGUUGAUACCAAAAUUGAUGGAGUUAAAGCUACUGGGGUAAAUCAAAAGGAUCUAGUAGAGCGAAAUCUACUCAAAGGAAUUACUGCUGAUGAGAAUACUGCAGCCCAUGAUAUUACCACUUUAGGUGUUAUUAAUGUAAGGUAUUGUGGUUAUGUGGUUGUUGUGAAAGUUGAGAGUGGAGAAAAUGAAAAUGUCAAUUCUCCUUCUUAUCAAAGUACUGAAUUGCUUGAUCAGCCAGAGGGUGGUGCCAAUGCACUCAACAUUAACAGUUUGAGAUUACUUCUCAACUCAACACAGUCUGAAAAGUACAGACCAGUGACUCAGAUGCAAAUGCCUGAGAUUGAAGAGCUUGGAGUUUCCCGUGUUUUUGUGGAGAGGCUGAUCAAAGAAAGCAUUUCUAAGCUUGAGGAAGAGCAACCUGGUUUGGACAAUUUCGUAAGAUGGGAACUUGGAGCCUGCUGGAUACAACAUUUGCAAGACCAAAACAAUACAGAAAAAGAUAAGAAACAAUCUUUGGGUAAAGCUAAGAAUGAAAUGAAGGUUGAGGGGCUAGGGAAACCCCUUAAAGCCCUCAAGAGUAAGAAAAAUAAAUCCGAUCCAAGUAACCCUAAAUUGGCAUCUGACAACUCCAGAUCUUAUGUUAAUGGGGAGCCUGAAAGUGCUCUAUUUCCCUCAGUAGAAUCCCAGCAUGAAAAUUCAGCAGCAGAAAAUGAGCUUGUGCUGAAGGCAAUGCUGUCCGAUGCAGCUUUUACUCGAUUGAAAGAAUCAGGAACGGGACUUCACAGCAAGUCAAUGCAAGAUCUGAUUGACUUGUCCCAGAAAUAUUACAUGGACAUUGCUCUCCCCAAGCUGGUAGCAGAUUUUGGAUCAUUGGAACUCUCUCCCGUUGAUGGCCGCACCUUAACUGAUUUUAUGCAUACUAGGGGCCUACGGAUGCGUUCUCUUGGACAUGUUGUCAAGCUUUCAGAAAAACUAUCACAUGUACAAUCACUUUGUAUUCAUGAGAUGAUAGUUCGUGCCUUCAAGCACAUCCUGCAGGCAGUGAUUGCUGUUGUUGACAAGGAGAAAUUGGCUGCAUCAAUAGCUGGUGCAUUGAAUUUGCUACUCGGUGUUCCUGAAAGUAGAGAAUUAGAUAAAUCAUGCAAAAUCCACCCCCUUGUGUGGAAAUGGCUAGAGGUGUUUCUGAAGAAGCGAUUUGAUUGGGAUCUUAGCAGUUUGAAUUACAACGACAUGAGGAAGUUUGCAAUUUUACGUGGCUUAUGUCACAAGGUUGGCAUUGAACUUGUUCCCAGGGAUUUUGACAUGGAUUCUGCAAUUCCUUUCCACAAAUCUGAUAUUGUCAGCUUGGUCCCAGUUCACAAGCAAGCAGCAUGCUCAUCCGCAGAUGGAAGGCAGCUCCUAGAGUCAUCAAAAACAGCUUUAGACAAGGGCAAGCUGGAAGAUGCAGUUACCUAUGGGACAAAGGCUCUUGCCAAGCUGGUAGCGGUUUGUGGCCCCUAUCAUCGGAUGACAGCGGGAGCAUACAGCUUACUUGCUGUUGUUCUAUAUCAUACUGGAGACUUCAAUCAGGCUACAAUUUAUCAACAAAAAGCUCUGGAUAUCAAUGAGAGAGAGUUAGGUCUGGAUCAUCCGGAUACUAUGAAGAGUUAUGGAGAUCUUGCGGUUUUCUAUUACAGACUUCAACAUACAGAGCUGGCUCUGAAGUAUGUAAAGCGUGCUUUAUACCUUUUGCAUUUAACUUGUGGCCCAUCUCAUCCAAAUACUGCGGCAACAUACAUUAAUGUGGCGAUGAUGGAGGAAGGUCUGGGAAAUGUACAUGUUGCUCUCAGAUAUCUUCACAAAGCUUUAAAGUGCAACCAAAGAUUGCUUGGUUCGGAUCAUAUUCAGACGGCUGCAAGUUAUCAUGCAAUAGCAAUAGCACUCUCUUUGAUGGAAGCAUAUCCUUUGAGUGUGCAGCAUGAGCAAACAACUUUACAAAUACUGCAGGCAAAACUUGGCCCAGAUGACUUGCGUACACAGGAUGCGGCUGCUUGGCUCGAGUAUUUUGAGUCCAAGGCUUUUGAACAGCAAGAAGCUGCACGAAAUGGUACUCGAAAGCCUGAUGCAUCAAUUGCUAGCAAAGGCCACCUAAGCGUUUCAGAUUUACUUGACUACAUUAAUCCUAACCAUGAUGCCAAAGGAAGAGAUGUGGCAAUAAAGAGAAGAAGCCAAAUAACAAAGGCAAGAAUUGAAUCCUGCCAGAACAUUGGCUCAGCAAGUUCUGAUGAGUCUUUGAAAGAAACUCCAAAAGAGACUUCAGAUGAAAAAAUACUUGUACCUGGACCAGGUGGUGGUGCAGAUGCUGAGCAAGAGACCAACUCUGCGCCUGAUUCAGAGGAGCCCAUUUUAGAAAAGACCUCAUAUGAAAAGCCACAAAAUUCGGGUGAAAUCUUGUCUGAAGCAUAUGCUGAUGGAGAGGAUGGAUGGCAACCAGUUCAACGGCCAAGAUCAUCCGGUUCAUAUGGCCAGCGACUGAAACAGAAACGAGCAACAAUUGGCAAAGUUUAUUAUCAGAAGAAGAAUGUGGAGUCUGACGCAGACUAUCCGUAUGUAAGGAGUACUAAUCAGAACAGUAGGUAUUACUCUCUGAAGAAGCGAAUAAUAUCCCAUGGGGGUUAUACAGAUAAUCAUACUGUAAACAUAGCCCAAGGUACUAAAUUUGGAAGGAAAGUGGUCAAAGCUGUUACAUACAGGGUCAAGUCCUUGUCUGCAGCUAAUAAGACUACUGCGAAGGAUCCAUCAGAAAUUGGUGAAAAACUAUACGGUUCUCAUUCAGAACUUAGUUCAAGUUCAUCACCAACUGAUGUUAAUCCAUUAAAGACUUCUAUAGUUAGCCUUGGGAAAUCUCCUUCAUACAAAGAAGUGGCAUUGGCUGCCCCCGGGACAAUCUCCAAGUUGCAGGUCUAUAAUCCUCAAAGUGAGAUUCCUGUUAGCCAUGACCUUGGUGUUGGCAAACAUGAAGAGGAAGAUAUUGAAGCACAUGCAAAUGCUAAACCAACCUUGGAAGAGGUAAACGAUACAUUAAAGGAGAAGGACAAAGAUUCUUUGUCUGUAGAUGAUUCACAAGAUACUGAAGUUUCCGAGAAGAAAGAAGAAACACUGUUUACUGAUGCUGUGCAAGAUAGUUUUGAGAGUGCUAAGGGGGUUGAAUCUGGGGAUGUUGAGGUUCAUGAAGCAGUUGAUAACUACAUAAUGAUUGAUGCAGUGGAGGAUCCUGCAGGUUCUCACAACCUGGAACUUGACAUAAAUUACUCUGGCCGUUCUGAAUUUCCUAAUGAUACAAAUGCCAUCUCACAAGAGGGUGAAGAUUUAAGGGUCUGUGUAUCUCCAUCAAGUCAGGGUGAUGCCCAGGGCAUCCCAUACAAGAAGUUGUCUGCGUCUGCGGCUCCAUUCAACCCAUCACUAGGCAUUGGACGUGCUGCACCAGUUGCCAUGAAUACAACUCUUCCUUCUGGUCCAGUUGCUGUUCCACCCAUUGGCCCCUGGCCAGUAAAUAUUAAUAUUCACCAUGGACCUGCUACUGUGUUACCUGCAGUUAACCCAAUGUGUUCCUCUCCUCACCAUCCAUACCCAUCACCUCCACCAACACCAAACAUGAUACAACCAUUACCAUAUAUGUAUCCUCCUUAUACUCAACCUCAAUCAAUACCAGCCAACAACAUUCCAGUUACCAGGAGUGCAUUUCAUGUCAAUCAUUUCACAUGGCAAUGUAAUUUGAACCCAACUGUAUCUAAAUUUGGUCCUAAUGCUGUCUGGCCUGGUUGUCAUCCUGUGGAAUUUCCUCUUCCAGCACCUGUCAUCGAACCCAUCCCUGUUUCCAUUUUGGAGACGCAAAAUCAGUGUCAUGUUUCUGAAAGUCCAAGUUCAGCUUUUGUUCUGCCUGAGGUCAUUAAUAAUGUCAAUGAAAUUAAGGAAGAGGCGAAAGUUCUAGAAUCAGAGACUAGUGAAGAUGAAGGGGGUAGAGUUCAUUCAGAAAGUGUGAAGGAAAAUGGUAAUCCUAAUUUCUGUGGGUCUGAUAAUGCUGGGAACAAACCAAAUCACAACUUUAUGUCGAAUGACAACACUAGCAGAAGUGAAAGGAACGUGGAUGGUGAGAAAACCAUCAGCAUUUUGAUGAGGGGAAGAAGAAAACGGAAGCAUACUCUGAGAAUGCCAAUAAGUUUGCUAACUAGACCCAACAGCUCGCAGUCAUUUAAGGUUAUUUAUAACCGUGUAGUUCGAGGAUGUGAUGCUCCCAGGUCCAUCAACUUGUCUUCUUGUAAAGAUUGUACAGCUACUGUUUAACCCACAGUUCUUUGUUGUUACUAAUGAAAUGUACCAGAAUUACUGCCGAUUAAAGAAGAGAGAUACCUCAUAAUUUCACAUACAAAAGAAGAUAUAGUAUUUCAAUCAUUCUUGGAACUCAGCUACAAUUUCCCUGCAGCUAUAAGUGUUUGGACUGCCUUUUGGGAAGGUUCUGGUUUUCUUCUUUAAGAUGGAUUGCAUGAGGCUUUUCUUCAAUUUAAGGUUCAUCGCAGUCAGUUUUACGAUUUCGGAGGCACCUUCAAGGUGAAAUUUUUUCGUAGGCCAUUUUGAUUUACUGAAUUACAGGAUUAAAGACCGUUUCUAAUUUUUCAAUUGUUACAUCAUUGUCAAUGGCUUUGUUAAUUAAUUUGGCUUAUUUGUAUAUAUAUAUAUUCUUUAAUUUUUUGCUGGGUAUUAGUGGUUCUCUUUUGUUGGUUGACUUGAUGCUUAAUUUUUACAAUUGAAGUCAUGUGAUGGACCAUAUCG